CUCUGAACAAACGCUAUAUUCAUAUUGCGCCGCACGCAGUUCAGAAGCCUCUCAGGGAAGUUAGUACUGAGGGCACCAGUCGGCUUUUUGUUGUCUGUUAGUUCUCGCGCUUGUGUGCGUUCCGUCUGGAGAUUCAGUGCCAUCAUCCUUGUUUCAAGCUUGCGUGGCUGCUUCUUGACUGUCUCGGCGGCGAUGACGGCUCCCGUCCAGUGGAUUCUCUCGCUGCUGCUGCUUUUGCCUCCGCUGCCGUUGCUUUUCUGUACCCGGACCACGGCGCAGCAACAACGGCAAAGACCAGUCUUCACGUGCGGAGGAAAUCUAACGGGAGAAAGUGGAUAUAUUGGCAGUGAGGGUUUUCCUGGAGUGUAUCCUCCCAACACCAAAUGCGUUUGGAAGAUCACGGUUCCAGAAGGGAAAGUUGUGGUUCUCUCAUUUAAAUUAAUUGAUCUGGAAAGUGACAGCCUCUGUCGAUAUGACUAUGUUGAUGUAUACAAUGGCCAUGCAAAUGGACAGCGGCUUGGCAGAUUUUGUGGAACUUUCCGCCCUGGUGCCAUUGUUGCCAGUACCAACAAGAUGCUGGUUCAGAUGGUUUCUGAUGCCAAUACAGCUGGUAAUGGCUUCAUCGCCACUUACUCUGCUGCUCAACCCAAUGAGAGAGGUGACCAGUAUUGUGGUGGCCGGUUAGAUAAACCUUCUGGCACCUUUAAGACACCUAACUGGCCAGACCGAGACUAUCCAGCUGGCGUGACCUGUUCCUGGCACAUUGUGGCUCCAAGAAGCCAGAUCAUCGAAGUCAAGUUUGAAAAGUUUGACGUGGAGAGAGACAACUACUGCCGUUAUGACUAUGUGGCUAUUUUCAACGGGGGUGAAAUCAAUGAUGCGAAAAGAAUUGGAAAGUACUGUGGCGACAGUCCUCCUGGGCCUAUCAUUUCUGAAGGGAAUGAGCUGCUUAUUCAGUUUCUCUCUGACUUGAGUCUAACCGCUGAUGGCUUCAUUGGUCAGUAUAAAUUCAGGCCUAAAAAAUACCCAACAACUCCAGCACCUCCUCUUACUACCUCCACACUUAGUACCACAGCAGCAACAACUGUCAAGAACAAUGUAGCCCUUUGUCAGCAGAAGUGCAAAAGAAGUGGGACCAUAGAGAGUCAUUACUGUUCAAGUGAUUUUGUGAUUACCGGGACAGUCAUUACAGCAGUAACACGUGGAGGCAGUAUGCAUAUCACGAUUUCCAUCAUUAAUGUCUAUAAAGAGGGGAAUCUAGCCAUUCAACAGGCUGGAAAAAGCAUGAGUGCCAAGCUGGUGGUAUUGUGCAAACAGUGCCCGCUGAUUAGAAGAGGUUUAAAUUAUGUGUUAAUGGGUCAAGCUGAUGAGGAAGGGCGUGGCAGAAUUGCACCAAACAACUUUGCUGUGGCAUUUAAAUCGAAAAACCAAAGGAACCUGAAUGCUCUGAAAACGAAACGCUGCUAGGCUAUUUUACUACAUCCACAGCUAAAGUGCUCUAUCCGAAACAGAAGUGCAUUAGAAGUGGUUGAUCAGUCCUCGGUUUUUAAACCAGUUCCUUCAGGACAGCUCAAGGCGUGCUCUGGUUUACGCCCCAGAAUGCAUCUCCUUUAUUCAAUCUGCUGAGGUGCACAAACAAAUGUUUCCUGUCUUCAUUUGAGCUGUUGCUAUUUUUUAGUAAUACUGAAAAAGUGAGUUGCAGGAAAGGAAUUUGUAUUUUAUGUGGUAAUGUUAUACUGUAUAUAAAGUAAGAAUGUGUAAAGUGCAAUAAUUUAAGAUAUUUCACUUAAAGCAUUUUCUUGUAGUUUUUUUUUAAGUUAAAACUUGCCAGUGAUCUCUGUCUCAAUAAAUUACACAUUGAAACCC